AACUGCGCCAGCACAUCCAGUUUCAAUGGCUUCCGAGGUCCUAAAAACGAAGAAGCGCAAGGGCGCCACCGACGUCUCACCAAAACCCAAAAAACAGAAGUCAGAGAAUGCGGCCACUACGACGAGGCAGUCCACGAAAGCUCUCAAAGCCGCUAUCGAGCCCGUCGAUGCGCUUUCCACGAAAUCUCCGGCUAAAGUACCUCGCCCGCGAGCCCAGGACUUUUUCGAGCCAGAAGUUCAGCCCACCAAAGACGAGACUGCGAAGGAGAGGAAGUACAAGAAGGGCAAGAGGGGCGAUGUGAAACCUGCUGGAGCUAAAACUGGUGUAGCGGGUAUGGAAUUAGACGCUGCCUCUGUGCACGAGAAACCAAACAAGGUAAACAAGAGCGAAGGCGCAGACGCUGAGGUCCAAGCUGGUGUGGAGGUUUCUACUAUGCCAGCGAAGAAGGCCAAGAAGUCGAAGAAAGGGAAAGGGAAGCCUGUCGGCCAAGUGGAGGAGGUCUCGGUUGACAAGGACAUGAAGGAGAGGGCCGAGGAUGAGGUUCCUGCGCCCAGCGGCGACAAGAAGUUAAAGAAAGAGAAUGCAUCCAAAAAGGCGGCAGGGCCGAAGCAGAUGAUUUCUGAGCCCGCUAUUCAAGCUAAAGAAGUGGAAGCAGUGGAAAAUGAAGAUAGCGACGAGGCUGACCAAACCGCGGCACUUCUUGCUGGCUUCGAGAGCGACGGAGACGAUGCCGACCCGGAGGAGGAUGCGGAUUUUGACGGGACAGUAAAUCCCGCCAUUCCCCAGAUGCUCCGGAAUGAACUGAACAAGGCUGCUAAGAAUAAAGGGAAAAAAGGCGGGAAAGUGGGAGUGAUCUUCGUUGGUCGCCUUCCACAUGGGUUUUUCGAACCCCAGAUGAAGGCCUACUUUUCGCAAUUUGGCACCGUUACACGUCUCCGUCUGUCCCGCAACAAGAAAACGGGCGCUUCGAAGCACUUCGCAUUUGUUGAAUUUGCCUCUGAAGAAGUUGCACAAGUCGUGGCCAAAACAAUGGACAAGUACCUUCUCUUUGGUCACAUUUUGCAAUGUAAAAUCAUCCCAGAAGAGCAGGUUCAUGUGGAUCUCUUCAAAGGUGCCAACGCCCGCUUCAAAGUCAUGCCCAGAAACAAAAUAGCAGGCAGUGAAAUGAAACGGGGUGCGGAGCGCAUGGUUUGGGAGAGGCGGGUGGAGAGGGAGACUAAGAAGAGGGCCAGCAGGAACGCGAAGCUCAUAGAACAGAUGGAUUAUGAGUUCACUGCACCUCCACUGAAGGCCGUCGAUGAUGUCCCGAUGAAAGAACAGGCUCUUGAAGAUGACGUGGCUCAGCAAUUGCUCAUUGAGGCAGCUGAUCAGGAGAAGCCUGACAAAGACGAAGAGACGAACCCUGGCCAGCUGGUCGUCUCUGAGACUGUCAGAACUAAGAAGCCAAAGAAAGGUUCCAAAGCCAAGCCCGAGACUGGCGCUACCGGGAAUGCAGCAACGGAGGUUAGCGAGAAAAUUGAGUCCGUCAGAGAGAAGAGGAUUAAGAAAGAUAAAAAACCAAAGGUUAGCGUGGUGGCAGAGACAAAAGAAGAGACAAAAGCUGUCGAGGGUGGCGAGGUUGGAAAGGUUAAGAAAACGAAGAAGGCAGGUCAACCAGAGAGUGUUGUUGAGGAGACGAUCAAGGAGAAGAAACGCAAGGCUAAAGCCCCUGAUCAAGACGGAGCUGAGGCCAAGAAGGUCAAGAAGGCGAAGAAGGUAAAGGCUUCUGUUGCUUAAACCCCAAGUAUCAGGCAACUAAGACUUAGAGAGGGCGAAUACUCUGGGUAAUAAAACGUGUGCGGAUCUUUUUGGGAGAAACUUUCGC